AUGGCAGCUAUACGGCAUCUUGCCAACCCAUCUCUCCUCCGCGCCCUCCUACCCGUCAGCAAUGCGCCUCUUCGACCCGUCCUAGGCAUACCCGUCCUCCGCUACAUCCAUCAGAACUCGCUCUUCCCCUCGAUAACCCUGCCGAUACCAGUCGCUGCAAUCGUCGGGCUCUCUUCGAUCCUCAGUGACAUAUGGGAGUCGAUAUUGAGGGCCGUGCCGAAGAAGAAGACCUCGCACAUGAAGAAAAGGCAGCGGCAGAUGGCCUCCGGGAAGCACUUGAAGGACGUUACUGAGUUGAACAAGUGCUCAGGAUGCGGGAGGGUGAAAAGGGCGCACGUCUUGUGUCCUUACUGUGUACAAGCCCAUCCGACCGAUGUCUUUUCAAUCGCCCCCAUCAAAACGCACCUCCUCUCCGCCUCCGGCUCCUCCACCAUCCGCAUCCACUCUACCACCGAGCCCGACUUCCCUCAGAUCCAGACCCUCGACGGCGCACACAAACUCGGCUGCCACCACAUCGUGACCUCCAGCGAAGGCAAGAGGGCCGCUAGCACGGGUUUCGGCGGAGAGGUCAAGUUCUGGGCAUGCGGUGAGGACGGCACAUGGACGAAGGAAGAUGUUGAGCUUGAUGUCCCGCCUCGAGCCGGCGAGCUCUGGGCUAUUGCACUGAGUGGAGAUGGGAGGUACUUGGCCAGCUCGUCAUAUGACGGCAAGAUGAGCAUGUGGGAUCUGGCCGCAGGAGACGGCGCGGCCACACGGAUCAGGCACUAUGAGACGAAGGGAAGUUUCGGGACAUGCGUGGACAUUUCCACCGACGCCGCCCUCCUCGCCUCCGGCCACCAAAACGGCAGCCUCCACAUCUUCAACAACACGACCUCUCGCCUCCUGCACUCGCUCCCAGGUCUGCUCUCCCCAAUCCGCAGCAUCCGCUUCUCCCCCUUGUCCACCCUCCUCGCCGCCGCGGGCGACUCCCGCAUAAUCGGGCUCUACGACGUGCGGUCCGGCGAGCAAGUCGCGCAGCUGUUGGGCCACCAAGCCUGGAUCAUGAGUCUGGACUGGAGCGACACGGGAGAGUGGCUGCUGAGCGGGGCGUGGGACGGGAAGGCGAAGGUGUGGAGAACCGAGACGAGGGAGUGUGUUGCUACGCAGGGAUUUGAUGGCGGGACGGUGUGGGCCGGGCGGUGGUUGCCGAGGGUUGUGGGGGGGCCCGAGAGGUUUGCGGUUGCGGGACAGGGGGGUGGGAUUGGGUUUUUGAGGGAGGCGAGUGGGUCGGGGUGA